CCGGGAUCUCACAAGGCAGCACACCCAAGGUGGUAUGCUGCAAAACCUUCAGCAUUGGCCUCAAUGAGGACCACGCUGUACGUGCUUGAGACAGUUUUCAUUUUUAGCAUUUGGUUUUUGCGGUCAACUGUUUGCAGGCGGGCUCUCUGCUAGCCUGCUAGACCGUAGUCUAGCUGAGUUGCUGAGGCUACAGGCCCUACGGGGCGCCAGAUGGGACCAAUCGGGUCCACGCAAUCAUCGACUGAUGAGCGUAUGAAAGAAAAAAUGAUGAUGAUGAUGAUCAUCAUGAUGAUGAUGGUGAUGAUGGAACUGUUGAAGUUGGCAACUGUUCUUUAUGGGAACCCUUCACCUGUGUUUUCGGGAAAAGUGAACAAUGGAGAAGCGCAACCGAGUGGUUUUGCAUUCCCAAAGCAACAUCACUGCGAACUCCUCUAGCAUAGAGAGAAUAGCCCCAACUGGGCAAACUCAACAUCUUGAGUUUCGACCUACUCAGUCGCCAAGGCACAGUCUAGUUCCAAAGCGGAUGACCAUGAGCGCCACUUGGAUUCCUCCUUCAUUGACGCCUACGACGCAGUCCAAACGUUGGAGGAGCGGAACCAGCAAGCUGCGCGGGCGAUGCAGCUCCUGGAUGAGGCCUUGAGAGCCGCGGAGAACGCAGGUUGCGAGAAGCAUGCCUUUGGCGGCCCCCCAGUGCCAGGCUCGACUUGGCAUGCAGACAUUUUACGGCCGAGCCAGGACCUACGAAAGCCGGUGUCGCAACUCUCGCCGACGCCACACCGGGCACCGCAGGCGCCCUGGUCAAUGAAUGGUGCAGGGCAAAGGCACAAAGGCCUCUCCAACAGUCCCGUGGUCACACAAUUUCCUGGCCAAGAGCAGGCCUAUGGUGUCUUGUCGAAGAAGCCCUCGUGUAAAACUCCAGGAUCUGCUCCGAGCUCAGCGAUUGGAGAUGUGCCCAUGCGGGUGGCGGAGCCCAGUACUUUUGCCAAUGAGCAAGAUAGAGAGGUGCGCGGCCUGUGUGGCGCAUCAGAGCGAUUGCAGGAGGGCCUGACACACUAGUCCUGCUUCGACUCCGCGCAUGUUUCGAUGGGUGAUAGCCGGGCUCAGUUGAAAACAGCAGAGCCUUCGACUCCAUAGAUGUUGGGAGUUUCUCACUUUGUGCUGAGAAGAAUCCACGUGAAUGCUUUGAUGCUUUGGUUCCACCACAUCCUGCAAGCCCC